UGGGCACCCUUGUGGACUGUCACUAAGAGGGGUUUGACUGUCCUUUGCGAGCUGGUCCUCUUCUUGCUCUCUCGUCUUGCCGCUCAAAGUGAACAGCAGCUUUCUCUUCUUUUCCUUCUGAUACCUGCACCAAACUCACACCAUGAGCGCGAGCUUUAGAUACGGCAGCGGAGCAUCAAUGGUCGGUGGCUAUAGUGGCUUAAGCAGUGGUUAUGGUGCUGGCUACACUGCCAGUUCCAGUGCUGCUGGUUUGAGGAACUUCUCCAGCAGGUCAUACAGCGGAGUCACCAGCUCCAGUGGCAUAGGCAUGGGUGCCAGACGCUCAGCCGUCGCAGUUGGAAGUAGCAGCGGGUUCGGGAUGAGAGCGGGCAGCGCUGCAGUUGGCGGAGGCUACGGCGUUGGCGUUGGUGGCGGUGGUGGUGUCGGCGUCGGCGUCGGUGGAUAUGGUGGUGUACUCUACGGGAGCGGUGGUGUGUUGGGAGCGAGCGCUGGGCUGGGAGGGGUUUCUGGGUUAAGAGGCCCCGGGUUCAGUGGCCCCGGCUUGAGCGGCCCCGGGUAUGGUGGCCCUGGGUAUGGUGGCCCUGGGUAUGGUGGCCCCGGGUUUAAAGGCCCCUCACCCUUAGGUCCCGGGUUCGGUGGCCCAGGGUUUGGUGGUCCUGGCUCGUUCGUGCCCCCCAUCUCCGCUGUUGCAAUCAACCCCACCCUGCUCAUGCCCCUCAACCUGGAGGUUGACCCCACCUUCCAGAAUACCCGCACCCUGGAGAAGGACCAGAUCAAGAUCUUGAACAAUCGCUUUGCCACCUUCAUCGAUAAGGUACGUUUCCUGGAGCAGCAGAACAAGAUGCUCGAGACCAAAUGGAUCUUGCUCCAGGACCAGACCAUCACCCGCUCCAACAUCGACACUAUGUAUGAGGCCUACAUCAACAAUGUACGCAGGCAGAUCGACAGCCUGACGAAUGAGAAGAUCAAGCUGGACGGAGAGCUGAAGAACAUGCACAACGUGGUGGAUGAGUACAAGACCAGAUAUGAAGAAGAAAUCAACAAAAGAGCAUUAGUGGAAAAUGAAUUUGUCCUACUCAAGAAGGAUGUUGACACUGCCUACAUGACCAAAGUAGACCUGGAGUCGCAGGUUGACAGUGUUCAGGAUCAAAUUAACUUCCUCAGGGCUGUCUAUGAAGAGGAGCUGCGUGAGCUGCAAUCCCAGAUUAAGGACACAGCCGUGGUGGUGGAGAUGGACACCAGCCGCACUCUUGACAUGGAGUCUCUCGUGGCCGAAGUGCGCGCCCAGUAUGAGGAAAUUGCCCACCGCAGUCGUACCGAGACUGAGGCAUGGUACCAGCAGAAGUUUGAGCAGAUACAGUCCACGACAGGCAAAUUCGUUGAGGAUCUCAGGACCUCCAAAGUGGAGAUGGCAGAAAUGACUCGCACAAUGACCCGUAUACAGACAGAGAUUGAGUCCACAAAGGCGCAGAACGGGAGCCUGCAGGUCCAAAUGACAGACGUGACAACCCGUGGCGAGGAGGCGAUACACGAGACCAAGCUCCGCAUCAAGGAGCUGGAGGACGCCCUGAUGAGAGCCAAGCAGGACAUGGCCCGCCAGGUGCGCGAAUACCAGGAGCUGAUGAACGUCAAGCUGGCCCUGGACAUUGAGAUCGCCACCUACAGGAAGCUGCUGGAGGGAGAAGAGUUCAGAAUAUCCACUGGCGGAGGCCCUGCGACCAUCCACGUUCAGUCUGCUAAUGGAAUGUACAGUGUGGACACCAUUGGAGGCGGGCUUGCAGCCGCGGCUGGAGCAGUGGCUGGAGCCAGGGGUGGUGUCAGCGGAGUCGGCGGCAUGACCAUGUCCAUGGCCGGAAUGGGAGGCGGAGUCGGAGGCGGAACUGGGCUCGGCUACGGAGGCGGCAUGGCCAUGAGCAGUGGAGGCGCCAUGAGUGCUGCCUCCGCUGGUGGUGGCGCCAGCUCAUUCGGCUACGGCAGGAGCAGCAUGUCCAUGAUUGGGGGCGGAGCCAGUAUGGGCAUGGGCGGAGCCAGUAUGGGCAUGGCCAGCAUGGGCGGAGCCAGUAUGGGCAUGGCCAGCAUGAGCGGUGGCAUGGCCAGAGCCUUCUAAAGACAAGACACGCCUACCUUCUCCUCCCGACCUUUCACCUUGUGCUUGCACCCACCUGUCUUAACCUCUCCAUACUCAUUAAUAAUACAGCCCUAACUUCAUCUGGCCCAACCCACACAAAAAGAGACAGGGCAUCUAUUGAUUCAAACAUGUCAUGCUUACACACAUCUAAUGGCCUUCCGACAUUAGUAUUGUGAAAUAAUAUUCUAGGAAGAAAGGAACAAUCAAAAAUUGACUUCAGAUCUGUUAAAAGCAGCACAAUAAAAUAAAUCCACCCUGUUGUGGGAUGUCACGUUCUA